AUGGAGAAGCAGGUUGUGAGGCUGCGAAAGGCGUACCCAAAUACUCUGUUGUUGUUCGAAUGUGGCUAUCGUAUGCGCAUUUUUGGCAAAGAUGCCGAGAACGCUGCUGCGGUGUUGGACAUUCGAGCCCAGCAGCAUAAAAACUUCCUGGAGACGUCGGUGCCGGUGCAUCGGACGCUGUUUCAUGCUCGAAGAUUAGUCCACGCGGGGUUUAAAGUUGGCGUUGUAAAGCAGAUGGACUCGGUCGCCAUGCGAGCAGUUAACAAAGCGCCAGGUGCACAACGCAAACCUCUGGAGAGAUGUGUGACAGACAUUUAUACUCGAGCGACGAUUCCAGAGCUAGAAAAUUGUGGAGAUGACAGCGAAGAGGAGGACACAAUUGCAAGGUUUAUUGCCUGUAUUGUGGAAGAAACGAUACAUUCGAAGCCCUUCUUUUCGCAGUCAAUGCACGAGGUCGAUGAAGAAACGAAAAGGAGUCCGGUCUUCUCCGAAGAUGUGCGCAUUGGCAUUUUCAUGCACGACAUUCACACAGGCGAAUCCAAAUUUGACGAAUUCGAAGAUGAUGGCAAGCGGCAACGCCUACAGCGCACACUGGAAACCCUCGACCCAGUGGAGUUUGUGUUACCAGCAGGUCGACUCAGUGCGUACACUGAGCAAAUAGUGGAUACCUUUGUGGCAAUUUCAGACGAGACUUCAGUUAUAGACGAUCGAAAAGCCACUGUCCGCAUGGAACGGAUACCUAACGAGGCUUUUGAUUACUCGGCUGCUAAGGAGACGUUCACGCGCGCUUUCCAUGAAGCUGGAUCGGAGUACACUACUACAGUUGCGUACCCAAAUCUGCCGAAAAUGUGCGUCUGCUGCUUUGGAGGAAUGUGGCAAUAUCUAUCUUCGCUGGGUACUGCGCAGACGCUCAUUGCACCGACCUAUACAAGUUUAUCCAGCCCAACAUCGACUUUUGCAGGGCAAUUUCACCUUCCAACGGAAGCCUAUCGAGACCUCGACCUCUUCGUCAACUCGACAACCAAGCGCGGCGUGGGCUCCCUCCUGUCGAUUCUAAACCACACCAAAACCAGUGCUGGUGCAAGGAAGCUUCGUGACUGGAUUCGCUCUCCUUUAGUCGACGUACAAGAGAUCGCGGCACGUCAAAAGACGAUCGAGAGCUUAGCGUUCCCUUCUGGGUCGUUAUCUACGGAAUCAAUCCCACACCGACUGGCGUAUGAGGAGUUGACGACGACCAUUUUACCUCGUAGCAAGCAUCUGUUGAAGUAUCUACAGCAGGUUCAUCUCGGCAAGGCGACACCCAGUCAAGCCGUCGGAGCGCUCCAGAUUCUACAGGAUCUGGAAGAUCAUAUCCACGGAUUAAAAGCAACGUUCGCUUCCAUAACAGACGUAGAUCAAACUACAGUUCUAGAUCGGCUUCUAGAAGGCUAUCCGACACUGCAAGCUCGUCUCACGCCGCUUCUAGACGAGGUGGAUGUCAAAUAUGCACAACCCUCGCUAGCACGAAAGUAUCGAGCGUUCACGCGAGAGCUCGAGACACUCGCGCGUGAGUACGAUGCCGUGCUGGUGACGUGCAGAAGUGCUCUCAGAGACCCUUUGUUAGAGUACUCUACGUUCAGAGGAGGCUCGUUGAGUGACAUCCACCAUCUGAUCGAAGUUAAGCGUUCAGAUCUUCACGUUGUGCCUCAAGACUGGCUGGUAGUGAAUUCCACUACGCAACUCGUCCGGUUCCACCCGAAACAGAUCAUCCAGCUUCAUAUUCAGGAAGAGUUUGUCAAACAACAGAAAGAGCAGCUGGUUCGAGCUUUAUGGAGACAGUUUGUGAGUGAGGUGGACGCCCAAGUGUACGUGACUGGGAUGGCCUGUGUGGACAUUCUAGCGAACCUGGACGCCUUGUGUUCGCUGGCUACAGUGGCUCAGAGUUACCCAAACUAUACGAAGCCUCAGUUUGUGGACGAUGACGUCGUCACAUUAGAGAUCAACGAUGGGCGUCAUCCGAUUAUUGAAAUGUUGCUGGAAGGAUCGUCGUAUAUUAGCAAUUCCGUGUUGAUAUCGAGUACGGCCGGGUCUUUGAUGGUUGUGUCGGGUCCGAAUAUGGGGGGCAAGACCAGUCUGCUUCGCAUGUGUGCGCUCGUGGUGAUUCUCGCUCAAAUCGGGUCAUUUGUUCCAGCGUCAAGUGUGCGGUUGUCUGUGUUCGACGGGGUCUACACGCUCAUGCAUCGCAGUACAAGCAAAUACUCGUCGUGCGCCCAAGAAUUGACAACGCUGGGGUCCAUCUCGCGUAACGCUACGAAGAACUCACUCGUUCUUAUAGACGAGAUUGGCUUUGGAAUGGCUGCUCAGUAUGCAGAAGCUGUGGCGGUGGGGCAGAUGACGUACCUAACUGACACAGCCGGAUGCCUCGUGGUGUUUGCCACGCAUCUUACUGCAGCGACGGAGAAACUGCUAGCUCGUUUGGGCGAUAAAUGCCAGACAAGACAGUUGGAGUAUCACUUUUACGACCAGGAAGAGGCCGACGCGCACACGGAGAUUCAAGACGUGGUGACGUUCCAUUACGUGCUUAAAGACGGGGUAGCGAGUGACAGUGUCGCUAUCGAGACGGCCAGACGUGCCGGUAUUGCGUCUGCUAUACUAGCGCGGGCUACAGAGUUGAUAGGUAGUCUAUAA